GCAAGACAUAUCAUUUUCUGUCACUCUUGUAUAUCUUGGUGACCUUCUUAGAUUUUCUAGCUCUUCAUUCGAGAUCCAUCAUCAUCUUCUUCAAUUUCAUUUACUUUCUCUAUUCACAUCAUGGGGGAUGAGAAGGCUAAUAAUCUCCCUAAUUCCUCUAUUCACACCAUGGGGGAUGAGAAGACUAAUAAUCUCCCUAACAUUCUCUUAUCUCGUGGACUUGAUGGUGUGAAGCAUGGCUACCACUAUCUAAUCUCCCAUGCAACUCUCCUAUUAUUAGUUCUUCUUUCAGGGGUCGUUUCAGUUCAUCUUUCCACUCUAAAAUCGGAAGAUUUGGUGCUAUUAUGGGAUCAGUUGAGAUUGAAUUUUUUUACAAUAAUUUUGUGUUUUGGUCUUAAGGUUUUACUAGGUUUUUUCUAUUUGAUGACUAGGCCUAGGAAAGUUUAUAUGGUUGAUUUUGCAUGUUACAAACCUGGACCUCAACUUUUGUGUACCAGAAAGCGGGCUGCUGAGAUAACUAGAAAAACAGGGGUAUUCAAUGAAGAAAAUCUAGACUUCAUGAAGAGAAUCCUGGAGAGGGCAGGAUUGGGGGAGAAGACGUAUUUCCCAGAAGCUUUUUUCAAUUAUCCACCAGAUCCCGGCAUGGCUGAGGCAAGAAAGGAGGCAGAAAUGGUUAUGUUUGGUGCCAUUGAUGAGCUGUUGGAAAAAACUGGAGUGAGGGCCAAAGAUAUUGGGAUUCUUGUGGUGAAUUGUGGUUGUUUUUGUCCAACUCCAUCUCUGUCUUCUAUGAUUGUCAACCAUUACAAACUUAGGACCAAUAUUCUGAGCUACAACCUUGGUGGUAUGGGUUGCAGUGCUGGAGUUAUCUCAAUUGAUCUUGCCAAGUACCAUCUACAGGUGCUUCGAAACUCCUAUGCCCUUGUGGUGAGUACGGAAAACCUGACCCUCAAUGCAUACAGGGGAAACAAUCCCUCCAUGCUCGUCUCCAAUGCCCUCUUUCGCGUCGGGGGGACCGCAAUUUUGCUAUCAAACAAGCCAUCCGAUCGUCCUCGUUCAAAAUAUCAGCUCAGCCACAUUGUACGUACUCACAAAGGGGCCCAAGACAAAUUUUACAAUUGUGCUGUCCAGCAAGAGGAUGAGGAUAAUAAAGUUGGAAUAGCCUUGUCUAAAGAUCUUAUGAUCAUAGCUGGAGAGGCUUUAAAAUCGAAUAUUAUAGCACUCGCGCCGCUGAUUCUGCCCGCCUCUAAAAAACUCCUCUACGUAAUUAAUUUGUUCGCGAGGAAGUAUUUAAACAAGAAGAUCAAGCCGUAUGUUCCCGAUUUCAAGCUCGCAUUGGAGCAUUUUUGCAUUCACGCCGGAGGAAGAGCUGUGUUAGAUGCCGUGCAAAAGGCCCUUGACCUAAGCGAGUGGCAAUUGGAGCCUUCAAGAAUGACGCUGUAUAGAUUUGGCAAUACUUCCACUAGCUCUACUUGGUAUGAAUUGGCUUAUUUGGAGGCCAAGGGGAGGGUGAAAAAGGGUGACCGAGCAUGGCAGAUUUCCUUUGGUGCAGGAUUCAAAUGCAAUAGUGCUGUGUGGCGGGCAUUGAAGGACAUUGAUCCAUCUAAGGAGAAGAAUUGUUGGACGGAUGAAAUUGAUGAAUUUCCUGUUCAGGUACCUAAAUGUCAACCGUUGGUUCUUGAUUGAAACAAUUAUUUGUCAUCUUUCUUGUAAUUUUGAGACAAGUAAAUUUACUGUGUAAUGUAAGCCCCUCCCCCCCCCCCCCCCCCACCACCACCACAAAAAAAAAAAAGAAAAAGAAAGUGGUGCUUACAAGAUUACUUGUAUUAAUUAGAAAUGUCGUCGUCAUUCUUGUGUAGUCUAGUGAACAAAAUGGUUCAUUAGAUCUGUUGUCCCAAGUUUAAUUUCACCAAAGUAUUGAUAAAGUUAUUUUGUGUCGUUUUGUGUCCA